UUCGAAGAAAAAUUGCGACAACCAGCUGAUAUACCGUUAACUCGUGCUCUGCAGGAUCGCCAUGAUUGACUGCCUAGGUGCGUCUAAAAACUUUUCAUAUUUGACUGGUUUUCUGCCAAAAAUGCUGGCCUGCUGCUGAUCUAGGCGUCUGUUAUUAAGGUGAAUUCUAAACACUCUCAUGUCGUGGACAGUUGGAAGGCGAACUACAGGAAGUUGAAUACUGUAUUGUUGUCGUCAUUAAAAGGCAGAGGUGCUUCAACCCUGUCAUAAAAUGACCAUGGUGUGCACGCCUAGGAUGCUGGUGGACACUGUGCCCAAGAACAACUCAAGCAAGCCUCAAGCUGUGGCCAUGUCGCCCAAAGAGUUGUCCGACAAUGAUGACAUUGCUACAUCGAUCAUCGUUGAUCCCUAUUUGGGCUUUGUCACGCACAAGAUGAACAUCAGGUAUCGGCCUGUGAAAGCAAACAAGGAAGAAUUCAAACGAAUUGUGAAAGAUUUUACCAAGAACCAAAACUACGAGAGGGCCUUUAAACGUCUUGCUUCUGUGGACGGCGUCAUGGGUGCCUACAUGUCAAAAAAUAAGCUAAACCAACAAACCCUUAAAGAACACAUUUACCGGUAUCUGCGGGUGUUUGACAAAAACUCUGGCUUCUCUAUAGAGCCAUGUUAUCGGUACUCUCAAGAGGGUCAGAAAGGGGCCAAAAUUUGUGCCACCAAAAAGUGGUACAAGAAUGAAAAGAUCUCAAUGCUUGUCGGGUGCAUAGCAGAGUUGACGGAGCAAGAGGAAGAGGUUCUGCUGCACCCUGGCAAAAAUGACUUUUCUGUCAUGUACAGCUGCCGAAAGAACUGCGCACAGCUCUGGCUCGGGCCGGCAGCUUACAUCAACCAUGACUGCCGUGCGAACUGCAAAUUUGUCGCUACGGGACGAGACACGGCUUGUGUGAAAGUCCUGAGGGACAUAGAUGUUGGAGAAGAAAUCACCUGUUUUUAUGGUGAGGACUUCUUUGGAGAUGGGAACUGCUUCUGCGAAUGCGAAACUUGCGAAAGGAGAAGCACUGGCGCUUUUGCUAAGAGUGACAAAAACACAGAAUCAAAUGGACGGUACAGAUUGCGAGAGACGGACAACAGGUUGAACCGGACGAAGACAGUCGAAAACAAACCCAAAGAAGAAGAAAGUGAAAAUGCGUCCAAGUCUCGGUUAAGUGUGUCGGAACUAAGGCAAAAGGGGUUGACCAAGUAUGACGCGGAAAUGUUGCUCGCGCAAGGCUGCACGUUCACAGACUUUGAGUAUUCGGGUGGAAAGCAGCAACCAAAGGAGCUGCGCAAAAGAUCUAGAAACUCGGUCCGUAGCAAGCAGGGGGACCGGCUUCGUGCGUCCGAGGACGCGCAGAGUACUGGCAGCAGCGACCAAGACUCUGCCUCCACGGGCGCAGAUUCCGUAGCCGAAAUGCCGCUGAGAGAGGGAAUCACGCUGCGCAACCACAAAAGACUCGCAGGGCUGACGCUGACUCAGCAGCAACAACUGCAAGAGCUUCGAGACGACGAAAUCCAGAGACGCUCAACAAGACUGCGUUCCGAGGAGGCCGAGUACGCAAGAAAGUUCGCAGAGCUCGAUAUCUGCUCAGGUAAAGCACGGAACAAUGGCGUCCGAAGGCAACCAAGCAGAGCAGUGGCGAAAAAUUCGCGGUACUCUUCUGCUCCGAGCGAGGAGGAGUCUACAGUGAAGGUCAGUGGAGACGUUUUCCCUGCUGAAGAGGUCAAGUGGGAAGAGGAGGAGGAAGAAGAGGAGGAAAAGUGGGAGAUAGAGGAGGACAAUGAGGUGAAAGUGGAACCAGAGGAACGGUGCGUGACGCCUCCGCACCGCUCGGUGAAACUCACUCUGAAACUGAAGAGAAGUCCCAUGAUUGACGAAAUCAUCGAAAGUGGUCUUCCAUUCGACUCUAGCGCCUCGCACAUGAGGCCCGAGUACGAGGUUCUCAAAGUGGAGGGAGUGAAUCUGGAUACAAACGAUUCGCCGAGUUCGCCUGGCGGCAGCAGCAGCAGCAGUUGCAGCAACAGCUGUGACUCGCACCAUCGGAAAAAGCACAAAGUCAAGCGGGCGAGCCGUAAAAUGCGGAGGGAACUUGAAAGCGAACUGAGUGUUUUUGACACUUUGCCUGACUUAACACCGCCACCACCUGCUGCAAGACCCCCAAUGAAAAGGCUAAGACUGAUCCUGGGAAAUGAGACUUGCACCAUAGAUAUUCCUCCACCUGCACUGCCGCCUCCACUGUCUCCCCCUUAACUAUCGCUCUCUUCUAGGUUAAUUAAUUUCCUAGUUCACUUAAAAAAUUCCUAUAUCUGAUGAAACUGUUGUGGAUUGACUAUCUUUUUCCUUUUUUUUUCAACGUGUCAACUACGGUUGCCUAGCCAAAAAUUACGGGGGAAAUGAAGCAAUGUAAUUCUUGAUUCAUGACUGGCAUUCGCGGCUGGUGCUUAUAACAUGAAGCAGGGAGACGAGGCAACCGUUUUGAGCUUUUUAGGAUUUUUAUGCUGCUGAAUUUUUACGAUUGCGCAUAAUUUAAUGAAAAUCUUUGGAAAUUAAAUUUCAUACCAAAUCAGUACUUUCAUUAAUGAGACGCUAUUUUGUUAUCUCAGUUCCUAGUCCAUCGUCUACAAGCCUCUAUUAGUUGAAACUUUCAAGCUACUGAACUGCCCCAUGUCCCUUUUUAUAACCGCAAGUAUCUGUCUAAGCAUAAAGUUACUGUAAUCCAUCCACGGAUGCUUUUUAAGACAGGUUAUAAAAUACAAUAGGCUAAUUUUUUAUUCAAAUAUUUGUUACAUAAGUGAUACUCUUGAUAUCUUGUGAUACAAUAUGUAAUAUGAAGUAGAGGGCAAUGCACGUAAUAUUCUUUUCGCAUUGUUUUGUCAUCAGCAAGCACAUCAAUUUAAUUAAUUACUUUGUUGGUCUGCAUCUAUUUGAGAAAUCACGUUCUAACCAUUAUAAGGUUGCUGGGUGAGAAGCUGCUUUUAUGUCGAGCAACCGUUCACAUGCAAGGCAUUCAACUUCCAAGCAUCCAUUGGUUUUAAAUCAACUGUGUGUGCAGGUAGUUCGUGUAUAAAUGUGAAUAAUUUAGUUAUUGGUGAAUUGACGACUUCGGCUUUUGAAUUUUUAAGGCAGCUGCUAAACAAAAAUGUUUGCACUAAAAUUUUCGUGAGUUGUAUUUUAGCUGUAGUUUUCUUACUUCAAAAGUUAGGGUAUGAAUGACGUUGCUAGUGUGAUAUGCUGAAUAUGUAUGAUUUAAAUUUUUUUAAUUAUUUCCAAGUUGUUGUUAUGACUUAAAUUAUUUUUAGUUUCGAUGAUGGCAUUCAGGGAAUCAACCAUAUUAAAAUUUGCUCUCGAGGCAUCUUUCAACUUUGCAAUACAUUAUUAGUAUCUCUCCACAUUUGUGAUGCAGUUUUGCCAUAAUAUAAUCACUGGUUUUUAAACUCACUCUAUUUGAAACUCCUCUUGGAAAUUAAUUUACUGUGCAUGUAUUUUGAUUAGCGAAUUAAGGUGAUUGAAGACUGGCUCAGAUGUAAAAUCAAACGGUAUUUUCAAGUGAAAGUAUGUAAAUAUUAUUACCAUUGAAUUGGCCAUAGAUUGUCUUAAAAAAUUUGUAUUCCUUUCUUCACGCACCUAGUUUUGAUAAUUUUGGAGAUAGUAAUCAAAGCUAUGUAGCUUGAUUUAAUCUGAUUCCAUCUAAUUUUAGUCUGCAUUUUUUCAAUAACUAAACAAAGCAACAUUCUUUUUCUUAGAAUUACAUUACAAAUGUUUUUCAGAUGGUAAGAUCGCCCUGAUUUGUAUUUCGUUUGCCACUGUGUUCAUAAUUAAUUUAACUGUCCGCACUCACAUUGAUUUUGUGGCUGUUGAAAAUAAAGUUGCUCUAAAUUAUGA